GGACUCGAACUUAGCUGUUCUACGGACUUGUAAUUAUCGGAGUCUAGGAAUCUGGGAUUACGAAAUGCUAUAAACGACUUUCCACAGUUCAUGCAUCGUGACUUCAGGCCUAAUUUGCCGUCGUUGUUGCCGACAAUUUGUGCUGUGUAUGCCUUCAACGUUUCUUCGUGUAGAAGUGCAGUGGGGCUUGUUAUCUCGCCAACUAAUCUUCCAGCCGCCCAGAGCCUGAGCUCCGUACAUACUCAUAUUUCAUGGAUCACGCUGACAUCACCUCCAAGCCACCUCUACCAUCUCUCGAUCUCAAAUUUUUGUUGUCUCCCAUAGCAACAAUGAAAUCCAUCCAUCACCGCUCUACACCCAAGACUUAAUACCAUCGUGUGUCACCCACCCCAGGAAUUCGCCGGCAUCCUGAGUUCUGACUCAUACCGUUU